AAAGACGAUGGAGGGGAAAUGAGUGGAAAAAAUUGAGGCGUAUAAAUAAAAAUUGUUUUCGUAAAGAAAUGAUGAAAAUUCGCUGGAGGAAAUUCCUUACGAUAAUCAGAGGACUGAUAAGGAAUUUUGAGUCAGUCUUGAGUCAUGAUGGCAACAGAAACAGGAAAGACGUCUGCAAAGUCUCAGCCUCCAAAACCUGUGAGGAGACCAGGGAAAGUCAAAGUUGUGAGAGCACUGUACAAUUACUCGGCUCAACAUGCUGACGAGUUGUCGUUUGAGGAAGGUCAGUUGCUGUAUGUCCAUGAUCUUGACACAGAUCCAAACUGGUGGAAGGCCAAGUGUGGAGAAAAAGAGGGACUCAUACCCUCUAAUUAUGUUGAGGAGCAGAUGGAACAGGUGGAAUUACCCCUCCACGAGGCAGCGAGGCGAGGAAAUAUUUUAUUUCUCAUCGAGUGUUUGAGACAGGGAGUGUCUCCAUCAGGUCUGGAUUCAGCAGGUAACACUCCUCUCUACUGGGCUGCACGUGCAGGACAUCUAGACUGUGUGAGACAUCUCCUCAGUCUCCCCAACACUGGAAUCAAUGCUCAAAAUAAAAUGGGAGAUUCUCCCCUACACGUGGCAUCAGUCCACAGUCACCUGGAAGUAGUGAAUCUUCUUCUGGACUCUGGAGCCAAUCCCACCCUGAGAAAUAACGAGAAUCUCCUCGCCGAGGAGUUGACAGCAGACGUUGCGAUAAUAAAUUCAAUCCAGAUGAGCCAGCGAAACAGUGAGAGAGAUUAUGGAUACAGUGCUGAUGAUUAUAACGACGACAGUGACUGAUUAUUUAAAAGAAUCUCGUAUUUAUUAUCCGAAUUACAAUCAAUCCACCAGUAUCUGGUGAUUAAUCAGGGGUUGUGUGACUCGUUGAUGAUUUUCCAGAAUAAAUAAUGUAUUUUUAAGA